GAUUAGAGGAAAGGACUGGGCGCUAAAUCUGCGCUAAGGCAGCGCUAUCGGGGCGCGGUGGGGCGCUAGGACCCUGCCAUUGGGCAGCCUGGGGACGUGUCGGAGGAGGGCUCGGGAAGCUUUAGCGCCCAGGGAAAGGCUCUCGGAGAAAUCCAGUCCCUUGCACGUGCAGGAGCCUCCUAGACCCUCGGCAGCAGCUGGGAUGCGGGGGUGCGGGUCUGGGUCCCGGGCGGGCGGCGCAGAGACUGUGGCAGCGCCUAGCCGUAGCCGAGCUGCUCCGGGGAGCCCCAGCCGUCUACAGUCCGGGACCGUCCCGGGGGAAGGGACCCCCUCUCCUGAGCUGCGAUCGGCACUGGGUUCUCCUGCCUCUGCUGGGAUGCAUAAGUCGGGCGCUUGCGAGGGACCGCGAUACAGCCCUAAGGAGGGCACGGCGACCACCUUACACGGCCUCUUCAUCAAGACCGACGCCGCCGACGCCAUCCCCUCGGUGCUAGCCUACCAGAGCCGCCAGGCCGGGGCCCCGGGCGCUCGCCGGGAGCGGAGGGAGCUGGGCAGCGGCAGCAGCAGCAGCGCGGGCACCGCAUCCUCUGCCCCGACCACCUGCAGGGUGCGCACCCAUUACUGCUGCAGCAGCGCUGAGGCCGAGACCCAGACUAGCUACACGAGCGUCAAGCAGGUUUCAACUGCAGAAGUACGAAUUGGGCCGAUGAGAUUGACACAAGAUCCUAUUCAGGUUUUGCUGAUUUUUGCAAAAGAAGACAGUCAAAGUGAUGGAUUCUGGUGGGCCUGUGAUAGAGCUGGCUACAGAUGUAAUAUCGCUCGAACUCCAGAAUCUGCCCUUGAGUGCUUUUUAGAUAAGCACCACGAAAUUAUUGUAAUCGACCACAGGCAAGACCAACACUUUGAUGCAGAAGCUGUCUGCAGAUCAAUCCGAGCUACAAAUCCAUCAGAACACACGGUUAUACUUGCAGUUGUUUCACAUAUAUCGGGUGAACGUGAAGAAACGUCAGUCCUUCCUCUUCUCCAUGCAGGCUUCAAUAGGAGAUUUAUGGAGAACAGCAGUAUCACUGCUUGUUACAAUGAACUGAUUCAAAUAGAACAUGGGGAAGUUCGAUCACAGUUCAAAUUACGGGCAUGUAACUCAAUUUUUACGGCACUUGACCAUUGUCAUGAAGCCAUAGAAAUAACCAGCGAUGAUCAUGUCAUUCAGUAUGUCAACCCCGCUUUUGAAAGGAUGAUGGGCUAUCACAAGGGAGAGCUCAUAGGUAAAGAACUCACUGAAUUGCCCAAAAGUGACCAAAACCGUGCAGAUCUCCUGGACACCAUCAACACUUGCAUCAAGAAGGGAAAGGAAUGGCAAGGAGUUUACUAUGCCAGAAGAAAAUCAGGAGACAGUGUUCAACAGCACGUGAAGAUCACACCAGUGAUUGGCCAAGGAGGGAAAAUUAGACAUUUUGUGUCUCUCAAGAAACUGUGUUGUACUGCUGACAGCAAUAAACAGAUACACAAGAUUCACCGAGAUUCAGGCGACAAGUCUCAGACAGAGUCUCACUCAUUUAGAUACAAGAACAGAAGGAAAGAAUCUAUUGAUGUUAAGUCAAUAACAUCUCGAAGUAGUGAUGCACCAAGUCUGCAGAAUCGUCGUUACCCAUCUAUGGCAAGGAUCCACUCCAUGACCAUUGAAGCUCCAAUCACAAAGGUCAUUAACAUAAUCAAUGCUGCCCAGGAGAAUAGCCCAGUAACUGUAGCAGAAGCCUUGGAUAGAGUUUUGGAAAUUUUACGGACCACAGAACUCUACUCUCCUCAGCUGGGCACUAAAGACGAAGAUCCCCAUACCAGUGAUCUAGUUGGAGGACUGAUGUCUGAUGGCUUGAGAAGGUUGUCAGGCAAUGAGUACGUGUUUUCCAAGAACAUGCACCAUAGCCACAGUCAUCUCUCACUGCCAAUCACGAUCAAUGAUGUUCCGCCCUGUAUUGCACAAUUACUGGAUAAUGAAGAAAGCUGGGACUUCAACAUCUUUGAAUUAGAAGCUGUCACACAUAAAAGACCUUUGGUUUACCUGGGGUUAAAAGUCUUUGCCCGCUUUGGGGUCUGUGAGUUUUUGAACUGUUCAGAAGCCACUCUCCGGGCCUGGCUGCAGGUGAUUGAAGCCAAUUACCACUCAUCCAACUCCUACCACAACUCCACCCAUGCUGCAGAUGUCCUGCAUGCUACAGCAUUUUUCCUUGGAAAAGAAAGAGUUAAGGGAAGCCUGGAUCACCUGGAUGAAGUGGCUGCAUUGAUAGCAGCUACUGUCCACGAUGUGGAUCAUCCCGGACGGACCAACUCUUUCCUGUGCAAUGCAGGCAGUGAGCUAGCUGUGCUCUAUAAUGACACAGCUGUCUUGGAAAGUCAUCACACUGCUCUGGCUUUCCAACUCACAGCCAAGGACAACAAAUGCAAUAUUUUCAAGAACAUUGACAGGACCCACUAUCGAACACUCCGCCAGGCAAUCAUUGACAUGGUUUUGGCAACAGAGAUGACAAAGCACUUUGAGCACGUGAACAAGUUUGUGAAUAGCAUCAACAAACCCAUGGCUGAGGAAACCAGUUCCCAUGGUGAAGGCAGUGACUGUGAAUGUAACCCCACUGGAAAAAACUUUCCUGAAAACCAAAUCCUGAUCAAACGCAUGAUGAUCAAGUGUGCAGAUGUGGCCAACCCGUGCCGCCCCCUGGAGAUGUGCAUCGAAUGGGCUGGAAGGAUCUCAGAAGAGUACUUUGCACAGACGGAUGAAGAGAAGAGACAAGGGCUACCAGUGGUAAUGCCAGUUUUUGAUCGAAAUACUUGCAGCAUCCCAAAGUCCCAGAUCUCCUUCAUUGACUAUUUCAUAACAGAUAUGUUUGAUGCUUGGGAUGCAUUUGCACAUCUCCCAGCUCUGAUGCAACAUUUGGCUGAUAACUACAAACACUGGAAAAUGCUGGAUGAGUUAAAAUGCAAGAGCCUGAGGCUUCCAUCUGACAGCUAAAAAGGGAAAGGCCACAGAACGAGACCUCUUAAUCUACAAGCUACACUGUGAAUCACUCAGUAAUAGAGAAGAGAGGGACAUGUGUAUUUCCCUUUAAAGUGAGGUUAACAGCUGUAGAUUAAGGGAUUAAUAGCUAAUAUUUCCCCUUAAAUUGCCCAAAUUUCCCCAUAUUUCCUUCCUGGAAAGUUAUGUACCCUGCCCCCCCAGAUGAAUAAAUGUUCUGCCGAGCAAUCAUUUUGAGGCGGGGCAGAUACUUUGCAAGGUUAUUUCCUCUACUGUCGGUUACCCCAUGUGCCUGUACCCUUCCUUGUCAGACCUUGUAAGAAGGAAGCAAAUGGCUAUUUUAUGUAUUCUGUUCAUCUGGAUGAUGAGUAUAUAUAUGUAGUCAACCUUAUUCCACCCUAUGACUUGAUUGUUUCUUGAGUAUCAAUGUCAAUAAACAUCUGCUUCUAAGAAGGCCCAGCAUAAAAUUAACCAAACCACUGGGUCUGAUUACCAGGAAGAACUCUAUUUGUUUGGUCUUCUUGCCAAACUGUGGUUCCCCUGGACAGAAUAAAUACAGGCUCAGAAGAGCACUGGUCCAAUGAUAUCUCUAUCCAAUGGUACCAGGAACUCAUAUGGUUCUCUUUCCUAUAAAGGGAUUCUAAUAAAAGCCAUCCAUAAUCGGGGGAGGGAGAGGAUGUCUUGCUCUGGGGGAUUUAUGAAUUUCAUCUAUUUCCACCUUAUGGAGGCGGCAAUGAAACACAACACUGCACGUAUUAUACAAAAGCCAUUAAAUCUAAAUAUCUGUUCAAGAAUUUCUUUUUAAAAAAAAAAGUUUGUAUACUGUUGCUGUUUAAAGAUUUUAUUAAAUCAAUCUACAUUUUCUGGGUCCAAGUCCGUGCAGUGUGCUAUGCCGUAUGCUCUAUGUAACUUCUUUUUGCCCACCUACUUGCCUAUUGGACAACGCUCUUUUGCUUUUAUGAUGUAAAAAAAAAAGUUACAAGAUAUGUAAAUAUAUUAGAAACCAAGCAUAUUGCAGGGUGUCAUUACACUUUUAAAAAAUGGAUUGUAUGCUAAGAAGCUUCUAAAGCACAAAUGCAUAUUUUUAUACAUUUCGUUUCUCACAACUUUCUGUGCUUAACAUAAAUUCAGAUUUUGGACUCCUCUUUCCCUUUUCCCAAUCAACUCCUUUAUGUAUAUAUAAAUACUAGCAACCCAGCAAAUGGUGUAUUUGGUUUUUUUCUUUCAAAGGCUGCUCACUCCAUGCUGCAUUUCUGAGAAGUCUAAGCAAUGACUGAAUAUGACAGGUGAGGGAACUGAAUUUUUCAAACCAUAAAAUUUGCAAAUACAAAAGGAUCUGGGACUGGCUCAGAUUUUGUGUGGCAAAGUGUAAUGGGUAAAAGAAAAAGGGCUUGUUUUGGUAGUCAAGAGAAAAUAAAAAGACAAUGACUGUUGUUUUGCUGCGAACUACAUACUGUGCCAAUGUUUUUCUAUGUUUUGUACUAACAAAUGGAAGCAUUCAUGAAAUUUCCAUGCAAAGAAAUGCACCUAAGCUCUAUUUUUGUUAAAAUUGUAAUAGCAUCUUUGUGGAAGAAGCAGCUACCGCCUUCUGCUCUGUAUCAUAAGGCUGCAUUGUGUAUAUUUGAUGAAGUUGUUUUGUGAAGUAUUUGUAAUGGCUUUUCCUACAGCUGAGCCCCAUUUCUUUAUGGUUGUCUUAAUUUGAUGUUUGGCCUAAAUUUUUCCUAGUAUCAAGACUUUGGGUUUAGUGUGUGUGUUUUUUAUUUGACAAAGACAGCAUUUUGAAGACCUGAUCCAAACUUGUUCCAAAGACAGAGUUCCAUUUUCAGGGACUAGUUAUAACAAAGUAGGAUAGAAUUCAGCAGCUUAUACAAGGCAAGAACAAUCUUUUCUAACCAUCUCACUCUCAGGAUCAUUUAUCAGGAGACUGACAUUUUCUAUAUGAAACAUUUCAUUUAACUUAGUGUUAUGUCAAAUUGAUUUCAUAUCAACUACAAAAUUAAUGUGGGAAUGUUAAAUGUUUUAAGACAGGCAGGUAAUAAAGCUCAAAUGUGGAAUUGCUCUUUAUCUACCAGUAUAAUCUGCAGACUUCUGAUGAGCUGCUAAGCUCUGAGCUCAAUGUUCCAUGGAGCUAAUUUAACCAACAAAUGGGAUUCUAUAUCUAUCUAUCUAUCUAUGUAUAUAUAUGCACAUACAUAUAUAAAAAAUAGGAUUGUAAAAUCAAGUCCCUUAUACUUGAUUUUUUUUUUUUUAAAAAAGUGACUAAUUCACUGCCCUCUUCUACUAAAUCCCUUCCUAAAAUUACAUGGGGCUUCA